UACCACCCCCCCCAAAGUGGGCACAGCUGCGCUGGUAUAUCCGAGAUCCAAGAGAGCGAAAUCCCAAAAUCACAAUGAACAUACACAUGAACACCAAUACCCUCAAGUACGUCAGCCUGCUGACUCUGACGCUCCAGAAUGCCAUCCUGGGACUCAGUAUGCGGUAUGCCAGGACCCGGCCCGGUGACAUCUUUCUCAGUUCCACAGCCGUGCUGAUGGCCGAGUUCGCCAAGCUGAUCACCUGCCUGUUCCUGGUCUUCAACGAGGAGGGCAAAGACGCCCAGAAGUUCAUCCGAUCGCUGCACAGGACGAUCAUCGCCAAUCCUGUGGACACGCUGAAGGUGUGCGUCCCCUCGCUCGUCUACAUCGUCCAGAACAACCUGCUCUAUGUCUCCGCAUCGCACCUGGACGCGGCCACCUACCAGGUGACCUAUCAGCUGAAGAUCCUCACCACGGCCAUGUUCGCGGUGGUGAUCCUGCGCCGGAAACUCCUCAACACCCAGUGGGGUGCUCUGUUGCUGCUCGUAAUGGGCAUUGUCCUGGUCCAGCUGGCCCAGACAGAUGGCCCGGCGAGUGGAAGUAGUGGUAGUGGUGGCACCUCCUCGCCCGCCGCUGGAGGAUCAGCUGGAUCGGCCGGUGGCCCCGAACAGAACCGCAUGCUGGGACUGUGGGCCGCCCUGGGAGCGUGCUUCCUCUCCGGUUUUGCGGGCAUCUACUUCGAGAAGAUACUGAAGGGUGCCGAGAUCUCUGUAUGGAUGCGGAAUGUCCAGCUCAGCCUUCUGAGCAUUCCCUUCGGGCUGCUCACCUGCUUCGUGAACGACGCCGGACGGAUCUACGACAGGGGCUUCUUCCAUGGCUACGAUGUGUUCGUUUGGUAUCUGGUGCUCCUGCAGGCGGGCGGUGGACUCAUCGUCGCCGUGGUGGUCAAGUAUGCGGACAAUAUCCUCAAGGGAUUCGCCACCUCGCUGGCCAUCAUCAUCUCGUGCGUGGCCUCCAUCUAUAUCUUUGACUUUAAUCUCACGCUGCAGUUCAGCUUUGGAGCUGCCCUCGUCAUAGCCUCCAUCUUCCUCUACGGCUAUGAUCCCUCCAAGCAAGGCUCGAAGCCAACUAGUAUGCAGGGUCCCAGCGGUGAUGAGGAGAAGCUACUGCCGCGCGUCUAGUACGUCUCCUCGCCCAGGACCCUGUCAACAGUAUUUUGUCCAAAAAAAAAAACACCAACUUGUACUUGAUAUUUCACAAAAAAAAAAAAAAAGAAGAACCCA